UAUGUCACAAAAGGAAGGAGAAGCACAGAUGUAACGAAAUCACAGCAAUGUAAUUGAGUGAUAUAAAUCAAGUAAUUUCCCACCGACUUGUCCUCUCAUUGCAGCUCUCUUCUGUGAUUACUACAACGCACCGGGUGAGUGUGAGUGGCACUAUAAACCCUGCGGAGCUCCAUGCAUGAAGACCUGCAGGAAUCCCACAGGGCAGUGCUCUCAGCAGAUACCAGCCCUGGAAGGAUGCUAUCCUCAGUGCCCAUCUGAUCAACCAUACUUUGAUGAAGACCACAUGACGUGUGUGGAGAGAGAGGCGUGUGGCUGCUAUGUUGGAGAGACGAAAUACAGCAAUGGGCAGAGUGUACCCAGCAAUGACUCCUGUAUCCAGGCCUUUAACUCCUACUCCUGUAUCCAGGCCUUUAACUCCUACUCCUGUAGGUAUACAGGCCUUUUUCCUGAGUAUAAGUACUGUAUUCCAAUGGAACUUGAUAUGGUAUAUGUAUUUUUAUAUGUAUUUAUAUACAUUUUUUACUUCUUUGCAGCAUGCAUUUGCACAGUAAACGGCAAGGAAUACCACUAUGGGUCAAUUGUCUACAGUACAACAGAUGGUCUUGGUGGUUGUAUAACAGCCAUUUGUGGCGUAAACGGAACAAUCAAAAGGGAACUUGAACCUUGUGAAUUUACCACAACUUCAAUCCCUACAACAACACCACUAAGAUCAACAACAACUGCACCUCUUACAACAGUUUUUGUCUUUACCACGACAGGUAAGUACUUAUUUUUAUAGAUAGAUAUAGAUAUCUUGAACAAUAAAAAGAAAAUGGAUAUGACAUGAAAAGCAUGACUAAAAUUGAUAUGAAUGCAUCCUGUUCUUUUUUAAA